GUCAAGUUCAUGGAAGUUAUUUGGAGAAUCAUGUGAGCGACUUGAUCAAGAUUUGCGAUCUUGCGGUUGGUGAUGUGAUCACCCCUUCAGAUCCUGUGACUUCAAUCUCCAAGAAGAAAAAAAAAGCCUGAUACUGAAGCUAAGUUUUUGCCUCAGAAAAAGGCUAAGCUUGUAACACCUAGGGCUGAAGUUUUGAUUAAGGAUGCUGAGAAGGAAAUGUCUGCUGCCAAUGAAAGGCAGAGUAGUGAUGAGAGGAACUGGAAGCAUUUUAGGAAACCUCAUGUUGGGCCACUGAAGAUUCAUGCAGUCCUUGAUGAUGCUAGUUCCUCGAAUCAUGUUUCUUCAUCUAGCUUAAGUGAAGGAGAAAGCGCAGAUCAUGACACCGUCGCUGGAUUGAUAGCAGAAACCGGCCCAAGUCAUUGCAAAGAAGUUCCGAUCCAUGAAAUACCCAAGUCUUCUCAUGCAAAACCGGUUGCAUCUGUAUUCCAUGCAGAAGACUACUUCUUUACUCUGUAUAAGGAGUUCAUCAUUAAUACUUGGAGUGGCAUUCAACAAAAGUUAGGACGGGCUACAGCAGAGAACGUCUCAUCUCUUCAGGAGAGUGUUGAGAAUUGUGUUAUCUUGAUGGAGAAGGAGGGCAUUGACCUUUCCAUGUUGAAGACGAGAGUGAAGCAUUUCUUUGAAAGGGCACAAGCAUUUGAUCAGACGUGUUCGACUGUUGCUGAUAGGGUUCCUUCUGAGAAACAAUCUCAGGAAUUGGCUAUGUCGCAGGCUUUUUGUGAAGAUAUUGAAGCUAAGAGAUCUCAAAACCAAGUGGCAUUACUUGAUGAUGAGAAAUCUCUUAAUGAUAUCAAGAAGAAGAUAGCCUUAUUGGAAGCUGAAGCUAAGGAAGUAGAAGUUUCGAUCUCCAAGCGUCGUGUAGAGGCUAGUGACUUAGACACAGCUAUUACGAAGGCUAAGUAGGAAUCUUCACGGAUUUUGAAGACUAUCAAAGCAUCAGAUGAAGAUCAAUUUGCUUUAAGUACUCAGAAGGAGCUAGAGGCCUUGAAGGAUGACUUAGUUAGCUUUAAAUUGUUUUUAGGCUGAUACUUAGCUCUUAGAUUAGCUUUUAGUCAGCAAACAACUCUUUUCCUUACUUCUUACCAAACUAUAUAUGGAUAUUUGCUUCCUUUGUUGCUUCUCAUGAGUUGAUAUUGCC